AUGGCACGUCAAUUUUUUGUUGGAGGUAAUUUCAAAGCCAACGGUACCAAAUCCAGUAUUACUCAAAUUGUUGAAAACUUAAACACUCAAGAUUUGCCCAAGGAAGUUGAGGUUGUUGUCUGUCCUCCUUCCUUGUACAUUGACUUGGUAGUCAAAGAGAACAAACAGCCAACUGUUCAAGUAGGUGCACAAAACGUUUUCAACAAGCCAUGUGGUGCUUUCACUGGAGAAUUGUGUGCUGAGCAAAUUCUUGAUGCUGGUGCUAAAUGGACCUUAACCGGUCACUCGGAAAGAAGAACCAUUAUCAAGGAAAGCGAUGAGUUCAUUGCUGAAAAAACCAAGUACGCAUUGGAUCACGGUUUGAGCGUUAUCUUGUGUAUCGGUGAAACCUUGGAAGAGAGAAAGAGCGGUAUUACCUUGCAGGUAUGUGCUAGACAGUUGGAUGCUGUUUCCAAAAUUGUUUCCGACUGGUCUAAGGUUGUUGUUGCUUACGAGCCAGUCUGGGCUAUUGGUACUGGUUUAGCUGCUACUCCAGAUGACGCACAAGAGACUCACAAGGAAAUCAGAGAACACUUGGUUAAGACAAUCGGUAAGGAUCAAGCCGAAGCUACCAGAAUUUUAUAUGGUGGUUCAGUCAAUGGUAAGAACGCCGUUGAAUUCAAAGACAAACCAGACAUUGAUGGGUUCUUGGUUGGUGGUGCUUCAUUGAAACCAGAAUUUGUCAACAUCAUCAAGUCAAGAUUAUAG